UGUGUCCGUGCGUUCUUCCAUUUGCUCCGGGCCGUUGCGACGGUAACGUGAGGCCGAGUUGUGGAAGACGAAGCCGGGUUUGGGGUGCUAAAUUUGGGGUGAGGGGGUUGGGCUGGCCUGAAAAUAGACGUGUGUGUGUGUGUGAAUAGAAAUGGGUCCUCAUUAAUGGCGACCGUCGUAAUCCCGUAAUUUUUGCCGUAAAGCCGUGGGAGUCCCUUGACCGCUUUGCCUCAACCACAGCCCUGCAAGGUGCCUUGUCGAACCAUGGCUAGCCAACAUGAUGAGACAGGAAAAGAUGGGAGUUUUGCCAGCGAGGACCUGGCUGCCGAAGCCAUGGCCGCAGACAUGGACUCCUGGGUGGUCUUUGAUGCCCGCAAGACCCCCAAGGCUGAAUUUGAGGAAUGGCUCCAGACCUACCAGCCGUCCCGCGUCUCUCGCUAUGGCAACCCGGAGUGCAACACCGAGCCGGUGGGCUGGAUUGCCGUCUACGGCCCCAGCUUCUGUCCAGAAUCUGGCGACGUCGUAGGACUUCAGGAGGAUUGGGAACGUUUACAGCUUAGCGGGCGCCACGUGACUUUUGAGUCCAUCAAGGAGCUGGCCCUUAACCGCCGUGUCCUGACCGGCAAGUGGCUGAUGCACCUGGACAGCGGCUUCAAAGUGGACCACGCUUGGUGCGGCAUCGCCCGGGCAGUCCUCGAAGGGCGUGUCGGGGUGGCCAAAGUGAGCCCCUGCUGCCCCGACUCGGACCGCAAACAUGUGAUCUGCGUGUACACCGACGACUUCACCAACGAAGAGGAAGUGCUGGUGGCCGAUUCCGUCAUCCGGGCUACGGGGAUCAAGUGCCUCUUAUCCUACAAGCCCGAUGCUUACACCUACCUGGGCAUCUACCGCGACAAUCGCUGGCACCUGUGCCCCACCAUUUACGAAAGCCGGUUCGAUUUGGAAUGCAUCCCCCGUCGCUCACGUAUCCUUAACAAGGUGAGCAACAGCGAAGUGACUUAAACCGCCUCCCCUCCGUUCCUGAAGGCGCGAGACUCGCAGAGGAAACCGCACCAAGGCUGGGGACUACAAAUCCCAUCGUGCAGUGUUGACUCUCUUUUACUCAGAGGAGGUAGAUUUGCCCAAGGCAGGCAGGCUGCGUCGAUGAGAUUUCUGCCUCUGUCACGGGGCGCUUCGUUCUGUCUGAACCCGUUUUUUUUUUUUUGGUGACAUGGGUGGACAUCCGCAUUUCUCAUAAAAACUGCUAAAAACUGCGUGCUGCACAACCUUGUGUGAACUGAUCGGCUUUUUUUUUAUUGCAAAAAAAAGAACAAAUAAUCCCUACUCAUCUUUUUCGGCAGACCAACAGUAGAAAGAUUUGAUUUGCUGCCCAUCUAGGGAGGUUGGGAUGACGGGAGAGAUAAUCAGAAUCCGAAGGGAAGCAUCAAAGAAGGAAAAGGGGAAAAAUAAGUUUUGAUGGGAGGCGUGAAAUGGAAACGCCGGGCAAAGAGGUAGGCUAAUUUUUCUUUCCGGUCUUUUGCUCAGAAGUGGUUGAAUUUUAUUUUAUUUUUUUGUGGUUCUUGGCUGCAUUCGCCUGUAAACUAGACUGAAAAUAAAUGGCAUUCUCGACUCGUC